AUGAAAACAGCUGGGAGGCCACCGAUGCACUGCGUCGAUCCGCUAAAUCGAAUGUUUGUACCGAUAUGUGAAGCGAUUUUUGCUCUUAGCAGUUCUUUGCAUAAAUAUGGUAGCACAGUGAAGUAUCGUUGGCAGCAUAUUUUGAUUUUGCUGGAUGAUUUGGAGAAAACUGGCCUCGAAACACUAUUUGUUGAAAGUAUCACGAAAAAGCCGGAUGAUGGUUGGUCGUUAAGUAACUAA